AAGACAUAACCUUAUAACUUUAACCUGAAUAUCGUGGAAUAUAUGUUAUUGUUAUUGUCGAUUAGUAACCACGUCUAGGAUUAGUAAUGUCUAGAAAUGAAUUACUGGAGCUGUAUAAAAGUAACGUGGAAGAAAUUAGAAAAUAUGCAAGUAACUGCAACAUUAGUGAUGAAGAAAUAGAUGGAAUAUUCCAAAAUUGCCUUAAAAAAAUAUGCAAAAGACCCCAUAUUCAUCAAAAGAAUUCCUAUAAUUGUUACAAAUGUGCGUCUUUUUUCAUAAAAAUAAUAUUCAGUAUAAUAUUCCUUUCUGUGAUCAUAUACAUCACACUAAAUGUUCAUCAGGCUACAUCCAGUAUUGUACUACGAAAUGUGCAAUCAUUUAUUUAUCCAGGACUUAAAUUGCUACGUUUUUUAUCUGUGCCUAUUAUAAGUAAAUUUCCUUGGAUGACAAGCUUGUAUGAUGAAUCAUGUCUUGUUCACAAUCCAUUUUUCUUUGUAAACGACAUGGAAUGUUGGCCCUGUGAAAAUGUCCACUCUGUUUUAGAUAUUACUGGAGUUCAAAACAAAAGUAUCAUAGAAUCUGGUAUUCCAUAUCUUGUUUUUACAAAUCAAAAGGUGGUGACAUUUUCUGAAUUACAAGCCAUAUAUAAUGCUCACAAGGAAAUUUUUGAUAGUAACGCUUAUCAAAUAAAAUCCAGUAAUUCUAGUAUUGAAACCAUUAGGGAUCUUUUUUUCAAUUAUAGAGAAAGUACCAUGGACUCAAAAUUUCAUGCAACAUGGAGAAUAAAUAGAAUGGCACCAGCUAAAUUAAUACGUAAAGUAUUUCCAAGGCCCCAAGUAAUCAAUAGAUGGUCUGGUCAAAGUAUAGAAAGGUUCAUUUUUAUGGAUGGUCCUCAUACAUCCAGUUACUUGUUCCCUAAUCCUGAAUGCAGUUAUGUGUUUCUUAUUCAAGGUUCUGGUAAUAGAAAUAUUAUUUUAAAACCUACCAUGGAAUGUUCACACUCUUGUAAAACAAUAUCAGUCAUUUUGCAUCAAUCUCAAGUUUUGUGGUAUAACUGGUGGUAUUGGAGACCAUUAAGUCUUCCAGUUAAAAAUUCAACUGAGGUGUCAGUAACUUAUAUGAAUUCUUACUGUUAAAUAUAACAGAAAGAUUGAAAUAUUCAGCCUAAUUUAUCUAUUUUACAUUCUGAUGACUUUAUGAGUAUUUGUAGUUUUUGAGAUAAGCUAUUUUUGAUAAUCAUUAGUAAGAAAUAAAAAAGAAAUUGAGUGUUUAUUCCUAUUAGCUAUUGGUGGGCAGGCAGUCCCUUUGCUAUGCUUUAAUGAAAAGCCAGAGGAUGGAGUCUCCUUUUAGAUAUCAUGGAAAUGAAUAAGUGGUAGUUGGGGAAAGACUGUUGGGAUAGACGAAAUGAAGAUGGUAGAAAUAAAUGCAUAUCAGUAAAAUAUUACUACUGGUGACAUUUCAAAAGCUAAGGUAUUAUCUGUACUAGAGACCUAUGGACAAAGCCUCGCCGCUCAAUAUGAAUGAAAAUGAAAUUAAGGAUAAGUAAAUUAUAGUUAAUCAGUUGGUUUUCUAUUAAUUUAAUUAUCAUUUCAUAAAUAAUGCAAUCACGUUGGAAAUUCCUAAAUAUACUAUAUCACAGCCAACAAAUAAAUAUUUAAAUUAAA